AUGAAAAAUCAAUAAGUUUAAAGUCCUCAAAUUUUCAAUACCCACUAUUUAAGAACAGAUCAUAAGAUAAAUUCACAACCUUUGGUUCUCAAUUUAAACCAGUCUAGAUAAAGUUCCAAGGCACUCUCUGUGGAUAGGGUCAAACUAAAGUAAGCAAAUGAGAACGUGGAGCAACUUAUAGAUCUUUGGCAAAGGCAUAAAUCGAUUACCCAAAGCACUCCAACCCAAGUGUCGCAAUCAUUUCAUUAUCAUUCUACUACACAGAAAAAUGAAAGCUUCGUCAUAGAGGAAAUACCAGAAACCAGAGAAGUGAGUCCACUGAAACCUGAGGAAAUAGUGAUAAAACCCAGAUAGUUAUUUGAUAUCAACUAAUCAACAUCCAAAUUACCAUCCACUAACCUAUAAAAUUCAUCUCACAAGAAGACAAGUUCUCUCUAUGUUGGGGCUCUAUCAAAAAGUGAUGCCUUUUCAGGAACUAAAAAGUCAGCUAAGGAAAAUCUCAAAUUGUCAAAUAAUGGGUUAUCUAGCAGUAAAAAGUCAUAAUUCAAUUCAUCCUCUAAGAAAUUACCUAAGGAAUUGUCAACUAUAGUUUUAUAAAUACAAUCAAUUUAAAAAUCUUUACUGCCCCAUUACCAAAAGUAAGAUAAAGCUAAGAAAGCAGACAUAGAGGAAUAAUUUAAUAUUCUAAUCAACCAAAUCAAGGCAGAUUUCACAAAAUGA